UCCACUCAAUAUUUCUGACCCAAAGAAUCGGUCACAGAUACAUACGAGAGCAUAAUCCGAGCUCUUCAUAACUAAUUAUUGUGCUAAUCUUCAAAUGCAUCUAAUGCUAUAAAAUCAAUAUUGGAGAUAUCCAGGCCCCGUUAACUCAAGUUGGCGGCUAUAGCAAGCUCUUAAAACUUGAAACUCCUGUUGCUCUCCUCCCAGCUAGAAGUCUUUCCAUUUAUUGUUCGUCCAAUGACAUUGCUAGCGCAUAUGCAAGGGAUCCUGGCAGGAAUCAAGCGGCGGCUAUUCAGGAGCACGCCGAGAACGCCAUAUGACCGGCCACCGACGGCUGCACGCAGUCUUUAUAAUACCACAAGUGUGAAUGAGAGUGAUAAUGAUGGCCGGCUUUUGAAGUUUGUGGAGUCGGUGUCAAGUUUGAUUACCAGGAUAGCCUCCAAAUUCUUCUCGUUUGUAUGCCGCUCAAGGGAAAAAAAUUUUGUUAAGCUUGAUGCACCUACGGUAAAUUCAGUUGAACAAAGAUUGGUAGAGGCUAACAAUUUAAGUACAUCAAAAGAUAUUGGAAUAUCUGAUAUUGAAAAACAGAUUAUACAAAGAAGGAAUGAAAGGGCUAAUGUUAUUCAUCUACUGAAGAUGAUCAAAUCACAAUCUUCAAAGAUACAUAAUUCUGGAGUGCCGAAGAAGGUAUUGAAACGAGAUCAUACUUUUCUAGAUGAUGAUGAAUCAUUGUUAUGUCAUCGUCCACGUAAAAUUCACAAGAACUUAGGUGAAAAGAAAAAACAAGUUGUUGACAAUAUCACAUUUACAACAAACCCUAUGGAGAGUGCAAUUACAACUAAUGACAUGGAUAAUGCUUUCACUGCUAGUAGAAGUAUUUCUAGAAGUAUUUCGCCCAUUAUAAAGUCCACAAAUACUACCGCUUCAUGUCACGCCACACUCCCUUUACAAAAAAAUUCCGGUGUUGAGAAUGCCCAAUUCACAGCAGCUAUAUUAGAAGAUGUAAUUGCAACAAAUGGCUUGAAUGAUGCUUCUUCUCUAAGUAGAUGUAGAGAAUCUAUUAUAUCAUCUAUAAAUGCUAUCAUUUCUAGUCAUGUUGCACCCCCUUCAGCCCCUGCGUUUCUUGAUCUUGAUGAGGAGAAUGUUGAAACCAAUACUUAUGUUCAGUCGCUCAUGGACUUGGAUCAGCCUAAAACAAACUUACUAGAGCAAAAAUCUUCUGAAGUAGAAAAUAAGCAGAAGAAGGUCUUAAAGCGAGAUCGUUCUUUUCUAUAUGAUGAAGAAUCAUUGUUAUGUCAUCCACGUAAAAUUCAUAAGAAAUUAGGUGAAAAGAAAAAACAAGUUGUUGAUAAUAUCUCAUUUACAACAGCUGCUAUGAAAGGUGCAAUUGCAACUAACAACAUUAUUUAUGCUUUCACUUCUAGUAGAAGUAGUUUGCUCAUUAUAGAGUCUACAAAUGCUACUGUUUCAUGUCAUGCAACACUCCUUUCACAAAGAAAACCAAGAUUUUGUAUGUCAGCCCCUGAGUUUCUGGAUAUCGAUGAGGAGAAUGAUGAAACCAAUAUUUAUGUUCAGUCGUCCAUGGAUUUGGAUCAGCCUAAAUGAAACUCACCCGAACAAAAACUUCCUUAAAUGAUAGAUCAGCUUGUACUGACAGUUCUAAUAAGCAUGAAAGCUUCACAUUGUGUAUUUUUUAUGUAUUUACACACAUCUAGUCUACUAAA